AUGAACAACAGACCCGUCGAGCAAGCGCUAUCGACAUUGGUGCCGACACACGCCAAUGAUCUACCUCCAGAACUGGUCAGCUUAGCCCUGUCUUUAGUUGCGCAGUCUCGAAGUUUCGCGACUAGCCUGCGGCCUGAGGAGGAGAUCGCACGCCCAUAUGCGUGUGCGGAGAUUGCGUGCCGGAGGUUAAGCAGGACGCUCAAACUUCCCCCGUUACUAGGCCAUCCACCAUGUCCUCCCCGAGCGUACAAGAAGCUCUAUUCCUUUCUUGAACGGUCCCUCUCAGCGAGCACAACAUCAAAUCGAUCGGGAGAAACCUCAACCCCAGGAACACCCUCUCGCUCUGGGUUGAUUCCGUCAACCCCUACGAAGACACGAACACCCGCAAAAGCGGCACCAACGCCACGAGGGCUCCAAAAUACUCCCAGCAAGUCCACACCACUCAAGCGAGCAAUCAGCGCCUCAGCAAAGCCGGCGUCUACACUCCGCACUCCACAGAGAACCUACACCCGCCCCAAUGGCCUUUCCGCAUCGACAGAUAUCCCCGAUGCCCCUGCGUGGGUCAUGACCUCCAUCCGAACCAUGUGCAAAACUCUCUCAACCCCAGCUCCCCGUACAACGACAUGGUCCCGACCCCCGAUCUCUCGGACACUGCCGCCACACAUAUAUGCAGGAGUGUCAUCGAUUCUAUAUCUCAUCUCGAGCCUAUCAGUCAAGAACGACGACGACCUCGACGAGGAAAUGAUGGAAUUCCUCGAACCCAUCAUCUCGACUAGGAACGCAAAUAAGGACGAGGACUUCAAGGAAGUGGUGUACGCCUUGAUCGUGGCGAUCUAUUUCAUCGUACUCGCGCGCCGGCGGACGGCCGUGGAUGAUGGAUCUGGCGAGGCAGGCGAGGCAGGCGAGGCGAAGAAGAUGGAUAAGAAGACCUUUUCGGAGAUGCGACAGACGGCGCUCGUGAGUCUGGGUCUGCCGUCAACGGAGCGCAGGCACCGCGAUGAUGUGGAUCAGUGGAUCGCUCUGAUAAUGGAGCAGAAUUGGAUGAAUGGCCAGGAGUGGUUCGAGAAUAUCCCGCUGGCGGGCGAACUGGAUGGAGACGAGGAGUAUUUGUCCGAUAGCUAUGGUGAGCGUGGCGAUGAAGAUGCAGCUCAGGGACGGAAGCGCGCGAAGACCACGGGUGCCGGACGCGGAUUCUCUCUCGAAGACUCGUCGAAACGCAAAGGUCUUCUCCCUGGGUUGGGCACGAUGAUGCAGGAUCGUGUCGACUGGUUGAGUGAAGACCGUCGGGAGGAUUACGUCGAAUGGAAGGCAGAUAUGAUGGCACAGAUUGGGCAGAUGGAGAAGGCUGCUCAACUGUGUUGA